CCGGGGCGUGGCAUCGGCUCUUUUCUUCGCUGCCCGCGAGCCCUAGGGCCCACGCUGUCGGCUGCCGCAGUCUGGUCCAACUCUGAGCCGCUCGCCGCGAUGGAGCCCGCCGCCGAGAUCCUGGUGGACUGCCCGGACGUGGUCUACAGCCCCGAAGCCAUCGAGGCGCGCUACGAGUACCGGACAACGCGCGUCAGCCGCGAGGGCGGCGUGCUGCGGGUGCAGCCCACGACUACGCGUUUCACCUUCCGCACCGCCCGGCAGGUGCCCCGGCUUGGGGUCAUGUUGGUCGGCUGGGGCGGAAACAACGGCUCCACGCUCACUGCGGCUGUUCUAGCCAACCGGCUGCGCCUGACCUGGCCCACGCGCACGGGUCGCAAGGAGGCAAACUAUUAUGGCUCGUUGACCCAGGCGGGCACCGUGAACUUGGGUCUGGAUGGGAACGGCCAGGAAGUGUUUGUGCCCUUCAGUGCGCUGCUACCCAUGGUGUCCCCCAACGACCUGGUGUUUGACGGCUGGGAUAUCUCGUCUCUGAACCUGGCCGAGGCGAUGCGGCGCGCACAGGUCCUAGACUGCGGUCUGCAGGAACAGCUGUGGCCACACAUGGAGAGCCUGCGUCCGCGGCCCUCAGUCUACAUUCCUGAGUUCAUCGCUGCCAACCAGACAGCACGUGCGGACAACCUCAUCCCUGGCACACGUGCCCAACAGUUGGAGCAAAUCCGAAAGGACAUUAGAGACUUCCGAUCCAGUGCCGGAUUAGACAAGGUCAUCGUGCUGUGGACCGCCAAUACCGAGCGCUUCUGCGAGGUGGUCCCGGGUCGCAAUGACACAGCUGAAAACUUGCUGCAUACUAUCCAGCUUGGCCUGGAGGUGUCACCGUCCACACUUUUUGCUGUGGCCAGCAUCCUGGAGGGCUGCGCCUUCCUCAACGGGUCCCCACAGAACACACUGGUGCCCGGUGCCCUGGAGCUGGCUUCGCAGCGCCAUGUGUUCGUAGGUGGUGACGACUUCAAGUCAGGGCAGACUAAGGUCAAGUCUGUUCUUGUGGACUUCCUCAUCGGCUCUGGCCUCAAGACCAUGUCCAUCGUGAGCUAUAACCACUUGGGCAACAACGACGGACAGAACCUGUCUGCACCGCUGCAGUUCCGCUCCAAGGAGGUGACAAAGAGCAGUGUGGUGGACGACAUGGUUCAGAGCAACCGUGUGCUCUACGCGCCUGGAGAGGAGCCAGACCACUGUGUGGUGAUCAAAUAUGUGCCCUAUGUUGGUGACAGCAAGCGUGCCCUGGAUGAGUACACCUCAGAGCUGAUGCUGGGUGGGACAAACACCUUGGUGCUCCAUAAUACCUGUGAGGACUCUCUCCUGGCCGCACCAAUCAUGCUGGACCUAGUUCUGCUCACUGAGCUGUGUCAGCGAGUGAGUUUCUGCACAGCCUCGGACCCCGAGCCUCAGGGCUUCCACCCAGUGCUGUCAGUGCUCAGCUUCCUCUUUAAGGCACCGCUUGUGCCCCCUGGCAGCCCUGUGGUGAAUGCCCUCUUCCGCCAGCGCAGCUGUAUCGAGAAUAUUUUCAGGGCUUGUGUGGGUCUCCCGCCCCAGAACCACAUGCUGUUAGAGCACAAGAUGGAGCGUCCUGGCCCAGGCACCAAGCCAGGAGAGGUGUCGGCCACCAGCUCACUGCCUUGCAAGAAAGAGUCCACAGCUGCCACCAAUGGCUGCACCGGCGAUGCCAAUGGGCACCCGCAGGCACCGACACCAGAGCUGUCCACUGCUUAAAUCAAGUGACCGGACCUUUCUACCCCCAACGACUCCAACUUGCCAAAGACAAUAAAGGGUCUCCCAUCAAGAAA